AAGGAAUCUGACUAGCUCCAGACGGACUGCAAAAGGAACUGCAAGACAUGCUUUUCUACUGAAAGGCCAGAUUUAAUGGAUAUUAUAUCACAGAGUUUCUCAAAACCAUGUCUCGAAAAUCAAACAGAAGAUCAGAAAAGCAAAAUAUAAGCACUGAACUGUUCAUCCUGGCAUAUGGAACUCUUGUAGCCCAGCUGUGCAAAGACUUUGAAAAGGAUGAGGAUAUCAACAAAGAGCUGGAUACAAUGGGAUAUAAUAUUGGUGUGAGGCUGAUAGACGAUUUUCUGGCUCGAUCAAACAUUGAACGAUGUCAUAGUUUUCACGAAACAGUACAAGUCAUUGCCAAGGUUGCUUUCAAGAUGUACCUUGGAGUGACACCGAGUGUGUCCUUCUGGAACUUCAUUGGAGAUGAGUGCUCUCUGUUCCUGGAGACAAAUCCACUGGUGGGCUCUGUGGAGAUGCCUGUCAAGCACACCUCUUUGUUCUACUCAAAUCUGAUCUGUGGAAUCCUGAGGGGAGCACUGGAAAUGGUUUGCCUGGAGGUGGAUGUCUGGUUUGCUCAGGAUUCACUGAAAGGUGACAAAGUAACCGAAAUAAGAAUUAAGUUCAUCAGAAGACAUGCUGAGAUUCGCCAAGCUGGGAAAGAGCAACAAUAGAUUGAAGUUUAUGGUGAUAUUUAAAACAAACUCAUGUGUCAUUUUACUGCACUGAUAGAGUCAGUUGUAUCCAAUAU